UCACAUCAUUCUUUAAAACAUAUACCUUACUUCCCUUCUUUCCCUCUCCAUCCCCUUCCUAAUGGCCACAGUUGAGGUUGAAUCAGUCGUGAACACUUUGCCAGAGAAUGUUACAAAAGAGGUAGAAACGCCAACAAAAGAGGCAGUAGAGCCGGUAAAGGCAGAUCAGGAAGAACCAAAGAAGGAAACCACCGUGGACACUGUUGCUCCACCACCACCACCACCGGCAGAGGAGACUUGUGUUGAACCUCCAGCGGAGGUGGAAACCGAGACCAAGGAAGUGGUGGAGGAAGCAAAGGAAGAGACUCCGGUGGCAGCGGUUGAGGAAACUCCGGCAGCAGCGGAGGUAGUCCCUGAAGAAACUCCGGCGACAGAGGAGGGUGAGAAGAAGGAAGAAAAGGUGGCGGAAGCUGAUUGUGCUGCCACCACUGAGGUGGCAGUGGAGUAGUGAAAUAAUGGAAGUUGGAUGUUAUAUUUUGGGUUGGGAUGUGGUUGUGGGCUUGAAUAUUGAAAAGCCAGAAUGGUGAAGUUGAUGAGCAUCUUCUUUACUUGGAAUUUUAUGUUUGAUUAUAUAUGAUUAUGAGUGUGAUGAAAUCUUGUUAUUUCUGUGACCUCUUUUAUUAAUAAUAUAUUUGCUUUUUUUACUA